CAGCGAACCAUCACCGAUGACCGAAUCAUAAAUGCGCCCGCCGGAUGAGACGGUGUCCUCGCGCUCGCCGCUCGCUGAUGCUGACACGGACGAGCGGGCCGGCGGACAGCGCACUGACGCGGCCGGGGGAGAGAACCGAGGCAAGGAGAAGGGCAGGCAGCAACUGAAAGGUCCUCAAAAGCUCUGCGCUGCUGCGCUGCAGCUUUCUCGGGCCAAAGAAAAGCCAAAAAAAAAACUACUCGAGGAGAGGAGGAGAGACAAGGCAUCGGAGAUGGAGAAGGCAAGAAAGUGAGCAAGGCGCUGUCGCUGGUGACAGCAUGCUCGCGGCAGUGAGGCAUGGGCUCAAAGCUUAGGGUCAGGGAGCGCCGGCCACUUCUCUUCCCAGUCCUCGCGUGCUCCUCUCGCCAUCUUCGCAUACUCACAUUAGUUUAGGCUUGGCUCGUAGUAGUACUUCGCAUCGCAGCGUUUUGUUGCAGCCUCAGCUGCCGUGGUGUCGACUGGUGGUGGUGCCGGGGGAUGGAUGGGCAGCGGCUGGAUUUGAUCAUGCGUCACCAGAGCAAGGCCAACAUCUGCGAGAGCGAGGAUGCGCUGGGGUCGUCGGAGUCAGAGCCCGCAAGGCCGGCGCGGCCGCGCGGUAAGAGGAGCCGCGCCGCCGAGGUUCACAACCUCUCGGAGAAGGUGGAGGAGGAGGAGCAGGAUCAACGAGAAGAUGAAGGCGCUGCAGAACCUCGUACCGAACUCGAGCAAGACGGACAAGGCCUCCAUGCUUGAUGAUGCCAUUGAGUACCUGAAGCAGCUUCAGCUCCAAGUGCAGAUGCUGUCUACGAGGAAUGGCCUCUAUCUGCCCCCAGCGAACUUAUCUGGAGCACCUGAGCCUCUGGCACCCUCGGAAAUGGUUGCCGCACAUCACCGAAGUGGUGUCAAGGCAUCAAAUUCUGGGGUUGUCCUGCUGCCUGUGAACCAAAUUUCGGCAGCUCAUCAUUCAUUUGAACCACCAAAUCAUGACCAAAGGCAUAAUAAGCCGCUUUUCUUACCAAGUGUUCCUAAUGGAACCACUGUAGAGUCUCAGUUCCUUCAAGAGUUGUCACAGUCCAACCUUCAAUCGUUUGAGUUUACUUCACCCCCUGAGAUGAUCUUCCAGCAGGAUAUGAUUUUAAAGCAUCACCUAACUUCAGCUCAAGAAACCCAAUCUGUGCCAGGACAUAAGGUGAAGUCUGUUAGACAGGAAACAUCCAUAGUGAAUGCUGAUCAUUUUGAUAGAAUUUCGCUCAGGAAAGAACAAUCACAAGACAUGAUGCCAAAAAACACUGAAAGUGUACUAUUUAUGCCAUACUUGCAUUGUAUGCAAAGUGGUGACCCUGAAGCAGAUCUGAGGGCAGGAUCAAAGUAGCUUCCAUGAUCAAAUUGACAGCUGGGAUUUCUUUUCUUAAUGAUUUGCCCAUUGUGAUGCUUCAUUUUGGCAGGACAAAGCAAGAUUAGAAAACUAGGAGAAGAAAGUACCUGCAAUCAUCAGGUACACCUUGUCUACAACUUAGCAGCAAAAUCAGGACUGUACUUUGAAUUGACACUGGUCUGUAAAGCAGCAGUUCAAUCUAUCUGCUGCCGGCAACGGCAAAUAUAUCCGCUGUUGAGAUAGGGGGAUGUCCCAUGUAUAUAGCUACUAAGGCCAUAGGGUGACCGCAUUUUGAUGUGA